CAACCACGUGUGUCUUCGUCGCAGAGAGCGUGUCGUGAACGUGCACCGGAAUUAACGCUGCAAACAACUUAACCACUCUGAUAUUUGUCUUUUAUCACAAAUCUGAUCCAAAAUGACGAAAGUGAAGAAGGAGAAAGUUUCAGCAGACGGAGAAGAAGCCGCAGCCGCCGGAGGGUCGGAGCGGUCAUACCAGGACCUGAUCGCAUACCUCAACCCCAUCGCGCAGCCCCUGGCCUCCAAAAAACUCAGCAAAAAGCUCUACAAAUGCGUCAAAAAGGCUGCCAAAGUGAAAAACAUUCGCAGAGGAGUCAAAGAAGUGCAGAAGUUCAUCAACAAAGGAGAGAAGGGGAUUGUGGUUUUGGCCGGGGACACACUGCCCAUCGAAGUCUACUGCCAUCUGCCAGUCCUGUGUGAGGACAGAAACCUGCCCUACGCUUACAUCCCCUCUAAAAUGGAUUUGGGCACGUCUGCUGGCACCAAAAGGCCGACCUGUGUGAUCCUCAUCAAACCCCAUGAGGACUACCAGGAGGCCUACAAUGAGUGUCUGGAGGAGGUGUCCUGUCUGCCCAAACCACUGUGAGGCUCUGCUUGGUCCACGCGGUAAAAGGAGCAGUCGGGCUUUCAGGAAGACCUCGACCCAGGUCCUGGUUCUGUAAAAGUCACUUUGUUUGAGAAAAGACUCCAUAGUGUGAACACAUGAAGAUGAUGCAGAUUCAGACUGAACCAGCGUCACCUUUACAACCAGAGGAAAACUCCCCUUGGAUCUGCAGAACCUGCCUGAGAAUUUAUAUUUUUAAAAAAUCCAUUUAAUCCAGUCCCACAUUAAUCCAGUGAUAGUUACUGUUCUCCUGUGAGGAUAAACAGCAGAUCAGUUUAAUAUUGUUUCAUGGACACAAUUGUUUUCUGUUGAAUGUACAUUCACACAACUUGUUUUAAGACUGGGAAUGGAUUUUUUUUUUUUUUUAAGUAUAUGGGGUUGGUAGAGAUUAAACUCAUAUUAAAAGGAGGAAAAAUCUUAUAUUUGGAGAAUAAGUUCAUAUUUUGAGGACAAAGUUGUUAUUUUAUCUGUAUGAAAUGUCUAAAUGGAAACUAACACGUCAUGUGUCAGAUACAACAGUAAACCUAUCAGCUCGGCAGCAAAACUGUUUUUUCCAAAGAGUAUUAAACGUGAUUUAAUAAAAAAAUAAAAAACAAAAAACAUUGACUUCCCAUAACUUUAUUAUUUUGUCAGAAUAUUACAAGUAAAACUGGGAUAUAAACCUUUAUUGUGAUUUAAUGUUCCGUUGAAUCAAAAUAAGUUAAAAUGAACAAAACAUGACCCAAAUAAUAAAAAAAAAAAAACAGGAAUACAUGUGUCACUCAAGACCUAAAAUCAACCCUUAAAAUGGAAGAAAUGACAUGUUUGACAUGAUAAUUAUAGAUAUUUAGAGACAUAUCACUUUUUAUUAUGAAAACUGAAAAUUUCUUUCAGAGAAUUCCUCUGGAGAUUUUCUUGCUCAAUUCACAAUUCAACCUGUGAAUUAUGCGUAAGUAAUGAAAACCUACUUUUGAUUGUUCAACCUUGAGUUCCAACCAAAAUAAACUGUAGAUUGUCCAUAAGAUUGAAAAAAAAAUCACAGUUGGUUUUCAUUGUCCAUCUCUAACAAAACCAAAUGCAAAUUCUUAUUUUUUAUGAUUUUAUUCCUCAGAAUCAGUCAUUUUUCUCUUACUGGAUUUUUUUUCUCAGUGUGGUUCUUUUAUUUCAUUUAAGGGAAAAAUGUCCAUGAAUCAGUUUAAAAUUCUCCGACAACUGAGUCAUCUUGUACAGAAUCUGCUCUUAAAAUUGGUUUAUUCAGCUUUCAGUGACAUCAUAAGGCACAGCGAACCCGAGCUGAACACACUGAAACUCAGGUUAAAAGUCAGAACGAAUGUCAGACAAAUUUUACUUGUACUUAGUAGAAUGUGAUAAGAUGUUCCUGACGCUUCAUGGUGUUGAGUUAAAGUCUGGAUGUGAUUGGAUCAGAUGUUUAUACAAGUGUCAUUAACUGCAUGUAAAGGGUUAAAUUUAAGCAGAAGAUUAAAUUUGAUACGGUUUAAUAUUUUGAGUUCAGAGGGGAUUCAACUUACUCCAUGUUAACACAAAAAAGAUCUGAGUCCAUGUUCAUGAUGUUCAGCUGAAAGUGAAAACACUGAAAAUAAGAACUUCAGGUUUAAGAUCUCCUGUGUAAGACAACAGUCUGUUUAAUGAAAUGAUCAUUUUUCCUUUUCCCGAGUUGAGCUGAAGAGUCUGAACGUGUUUUCUCUUCUCUUUAAUAUAUUUAUAAAAGCUGCUCACUCUCAGCUUGUGUUUGUUGUGUGUUGAAUUAUGCAUUGUAUAACUUUUCUUCUUUUAUAAUUAAAAAGUCAAAACUGA